AUGUCAAAUCAAAUAUCGAAAACCCUCGAUGAUAAAAAAGUUUCUCUUCGUGCUCACGUUUAUGAUAAACGUAUAGAAUUCAAAAAUUUGGAUGAGACUUCAGAGUUAAAUAUAGACAAGUACACAUUUUAUGACGGCUGCGUCGUAGUUGAAUUUUGGGAUCAUCGUAAUGAGCAAAAGUGCCAUGGCAAGAGGUCAAUUUUGAAACAUAAUCAAACAUCUAUAUGGGAUGAAAUUUUGCGACUAAACCAAGAAACAGGUGCUUCAUGGACCUAUGAACAAGCCAUUCAGUUAGAAGCACAAUUACUUCUUGCAUUGCAUCCGCAGCUUGAUUUGGAUAUUGAUCCAAUGUUACUUCAUGAUAAAGCCACCAAUGAUGCAAAUAUGAAACAAAUACAUAGAAAAUUAAAGAAGAAAAAACGAAAGCUUAAUUCGUAUGAAGUUGAAUUAGAAGAUGCCAAACGUCGUAUUGGCAAGGAAUUCGUUCCAAAGUAUAGUCAAGCAAAAUACUUCCGCAGUCCAGAAAAUUUAGUUACUGAAACUAAUCAUCAAGCAAUUACACGAGGUAUAACUACACCUGUUCCUAAGAACCUUAUAAGGACCAUAGAAUUUCAAAGAGAAUAUACUGAUCCAGGCAAAAAGAAUAAGGAUAAUCUUUUUACUUUGGUCUACAUAUAUCGAGAUAAUAAUAAUGGUAAAUAUGAAGUUAUUGCUCAUGCGGUUAAAGGAAAAGAUCUACAAGAAAAUGGCGCACAUACCUUGCCUAUGAAGACUUUAUCUUUAUGUGACAAAUAUAAUUCUAAACUUGAUGAUAGUAAACCGACACUAAAGUGUGAGCUUGAGAAUGCCGCUGAUUAUGAAUCAUUCGUGAAAUCUUUUGUCAUCCUGUACAUGAUGGACAAUAAAUUACUGAAUGACUCUGAACGAUCUAAUAAAAUUCCUGCCGAUAUGAUCGUUCAAUUAGCCGAGGAAUAUUCUAGAGAAUCAAAUCAGAAUGAGUUACAUGAUAUUACUAAUAUUGAUAAGAAAGAACCUUAUCAAAUAGUAGAAUUCCUUGCUAAAAAACCUAUAUCUGAAACCAAACCUUCCGCGUUUGAAUACAUUAGUGAAGAUGGUAAAAAGACUGAAAUCAAAUCAAUUUAUGAUCUCUACACGGCCGCCAUAAGCAAAAAACAUGCCACUGAAUCAACUUCAAUGCCUCCACCUCCACGUCCAAUACAGCGUGUGCGUGUACGUCCACCACAACAACGUCUUCCACUAACUCCGGAAGUAGUUAUGUCGGGAUUUUCUCAACCUGUUGGAAAACCCCCGGUACAACAUCAACCGCAAAUGGUUGCAAACCCAAUAACCCCAAUAUCCCCAAUUCAGAUAUCACAAAAUUCUCAAUCUAUACAACCACCACAAACUCGUCCACCAAUUCAAAAUCGUCCAAUACUGUCUCCACAAACAAUGCAAAGAAUAAUACAACUUCCAAAUCAACCGAUGCCUACUCAAAAUCCAAAUCAUAUUCCAAUGAAUGUUCAAGUAUCUGCUCAACAAGCUGCAUCACAAAUGAUAAUUCAACAAAGGCCAGUUAUCGCAACAAGCCCAGGAAAAAUACCACAAAAAAUGGUAAUGCAACUAUCGGGAAUGCCACCGACAUUACCUCCUCAAUCAAGGCAAUCAAACCAAAAUCCUGUUAUUGUACCUGUCCAAUCAACGCAAAUGCCUACGCAAAUACCUAUUCAAAAUAAUCCCCAAAUACAACCUGGUUCUCAGUCAACACCUGGAACCCCUAUUCAACUGUCAGAACAAACUCAAGUUCAGCCCGUACAAAGAUCUCCAGGAACUCCAAUGAAAUCUCCUGCAAGAACUUCUGAACCUUCAACACCUAUGCAAACAGCUCAAGACCAAAUAACACAACCUUCUCAACGAUCAGCACCAAAUACACCAUUGCAGUCUCCUGGACAAAAUCCUGGCCUAAUAACGCCAAGGCCAAUUCCAACCAAUCAACUUCCUAUGCGUAACGGUAUACAUUUACCUCCUGCGCAAAAUACUCUACCACUAAAUAACACAGGUAAUGGAAUAAGGCUUACUCGAGAACAAUAUAUGGCAUUGCUUAUUCGAAAUCGAACCCAACUUGCCAAUGCUCAAGCCCAAGCUCAAGCUCAGUUAUCUGGUCAGGUACAUGGGCAGGUUCCCAAUCAGUUAGUGAAUCAAGUAACUAAUCCUACAAUAAUCCAAAGACGAUUCGCACCUCAAUUACAAAAUGCUAACACGCAACAACAGCAAGUUGAUAUUAUGAGGGCUGCUACACAACAACAAUUAAUAAGGAAUAAUCAAGCUUUUAUGGUUCAAUCGCAAUUUCCCAUAAAUCAACAAUUACAGGGGAUUAUUUCAGAUCAGACGCCACAAUUACAGUUGAACAUGCCCCAAAUGGCACUUUAUCGGCGUCCAAAUGUUGUUCAACGACCUGUGGCACAGCAACAAGUGACUCUCAAUACACAAUUUCCAACUAAUGGUCAAUGGGUUUUUCAACAGCGACCAUGGAAUGGAAGUUAA